AUGGCUUUCGCGCUCGGAGUAAUACAUCCCAGGCCCAGUUCCAUCCGCAAGCCUGCGUACGAGCUCGAGAGCGAAUAUUCAGGGGGAUCUUUCCUUGAGCAGUUUGACUCGUCCGUCGACUCCGAACCUGUGCUUGGACACGGUAGAGGAGCAGAUAUCAAGCUCACUCUUGCAAACACUAUCAUUAUCAGCAUGCGCCCUGUGUGGGAUCCUGCCCGGAGCGGCUCGUCUGUCUGCCUGCAGUCGGGAAGACAGUUCACUAGUGGUCUGUCCGUCUUCGACGUCAAGCACAUCCCGUUCGGAUGCGGUGUCCGUCCAUCCUUCCUGGAGAUGGUGACACAAGAGAUGUCUGGAACAACGGCCACUUCGGAUUGUAGCUCCCACAACGGCACGGCGCAUUUUGGCUGCGCAGUCAAAGAUGGCGCGGAUGUUGUAGGCUUGUUAUCUGGCGCUGGAGUCGCUUUCAAUGGCACAGUCGCACUUGAGUGGCGACAAGACAGCAUCAAGAUUUGGCACUUUACAAGCGGGAACACACCCACCGAUGUCUUCGAAGACAGACCCGACCCAGCAUCCGAGUCGUGGGGUCCUGCAACAGCUCAUUCCCCUGCCGACAUCUGCGAUCCCGGCAACUUCUUUGACAACCACACCAUCUCGAUCAGCAUCAGCGUGUGCGAUCCUAAAGCGCUCGCGCAAUAUCCUCAGCCAGGCCGUUCAAUGACCUGCUCCGUGGACACAACAAACACUAUGGAGGACGCCUUCUAG